CCUUAAAAACACUGAUUCGACGAUUUUGUGUUUUUUUAUUUGUCGAUUCACAAACAAGGUUGCUUAUAGGUUGAAAUAAUGAAACCUGACUUCAGCGGACUAGAAUCAAGUGCCCCACUCUAUGGUGAAAAUAAUGGGUUGUUUUUUGACGGGUUUUCCGCUGGCCCAUCAUUCGAUAUUCCUGUUACAUCAGACUUUGAUGACUUCCAGAAGAAAUCCGUCCAAAUGGUAAAACCAGCAAAGGGUACAACAACCUUGGCUUUCAUUUUCAAGGAUGGUGUGAUGGUAGCUGCAGAUUCACGAGCUAGCAUGGGAGGCUAUAUCUCUUCUCAAUCUGUGAAGAAAAUUAUUGAAAUUAAUCCUUAUAUGCUCGGUACAAUGGCCGGAGGAGCUGCUGAUUGCCAGUUCUGGCACAGAAAUCUAGGCAUUAAGUGCCGGUUACAUGAACUUGCAAACAAAAGAAGGAUUUCAGUUACCGGGGCUUCAAAGCUGUUGGCAAACAUUCUUUACUCUUAUCGUGGAAUGGGUUUGUCUGUUGGGACAAUGAUUGCGGGAUGGGAUGAAAAGGGCCCUGGCUUGUACUACGUGGAUAGUGAAGGAGGACGACUGAAGGGUACUAAGUUCUCUGUUGGAUCUGGUUCACCGUAUGCAUAUGGUGUUUUAGAUAGCGGAUACCAUUAUGAUAUGACAAUCGAUGAAGCCGCAGAGCUGGCUAGACGAUCCAUCUAUCAUGCCACAUUCCGUGAUGGUGCAAGCGGUGGUGUUGCUAGCGUGUAUCAUGUGGGACCUACUGGAUGGACCAAGCUAUCAGGUGAUGAUGUCGGAGAACUUCAUUAUUCAUACUAUCCAGUCGAACCAGGCACUGUGGAACAAGAAAUGGCCGAGGCCGGAGCUCCAUGAGUGCUGUAAUUUCCUUAGAAAUAACGGCUGUGCACAGUUUCUUCAGUUUCUUAUGUUAGGUAAUAUGCUUUCAACAGAGACCCGAGUUGGCCCUUUAGAGGCAGUAGUAUUAUUUGAACAAAAUGACCAAAUAACCUUUUGUUUUUCUUAAAAUUAGCAUGGUACCCAAUCAA